ACUACAUGAACUAUAAACUUUGUAUUAAAUCAACCAAUGCAUCAUACAUAGGUACAUAUAUACAAAGUCUCUGUGAAAUAUGGCAUCUCAGCUGAAACGAACUCUAACCAAGAGAUACGGUGUUCUUGAACUGUGGGAGAUCAUAGUGAUUGCUCUAUUUGCAGCGUUCAUAGUAAUCCUUGUCAUUUCAGUAUGGCUCAGCUUCCGUAAAAAGUCCAAAAGAUCUAAUGCCACAACGCUUCCUGUAACGCAAAGCCCUCGCUUUACUGAAGACAUCAAAGAAAUAAGUGUUGAUCAUGUUUCAUCUAACAACAAUGGUACUUCUUACCAAACUCUAGAUGAGAAAUUCGUUGAGGACAUCGAGAAUGGUGAUAAGUUCUCUGGUUCUUUGGAGAAAAAACCCGCGGUUGGGUCACAUUUGCCUCCUAGUACUCCUACAACAACAGCUCCUUCACCUCUCUUGGGUCUUCCUGAGGUUUCUCACAUUGGUUGGGGCCAUUGGUUCACUCUCCGUGACCUUCAACUUGCAACUAAUCAUUUCUCCAAGGAGAAUAUCAUCGGUGAUGGUGGAUACGGAGUUGUUUACCACGGAACUUUGACUAACAAAACCCCUGUGGCUGUCAAAAAGUUGCUCAACAAUCCAGGGCAAGCUGAUAAAGAUUUCAGAGUUGAGGUGGAAGCUAUAGGACAUCAAUGGCUUCAUGGAGACAUGAAUCACAAAGGGCACCUCACGUGGGAGGCUCGGAUCAAAGUUCUUGUUGGCACUGCAAAAGCGCUGGCUUAUCUUCACGAAGCUAUUGAGCCGAAAGUGGUGCACAGAGACAUAAAAUCGAGCAAUAUACUGAUGGAUGACAAAUUUGACGCAAAGUUAUCUGAUUUCGGUCUUGCUAAAUUGCUUGGAGCUGAUUCAAGUUACGUCAGUACUCGAGUUAUGGGUACAUUCGGGUAUGUCGCGCCUGAAUAUGCUAACUCUGGUCUCCUCAACGAAAAGAGCGACGUGUACAGCUAUGGUGUUGUUCUCUUGGAAGCUAUUACUGGAAGGUAUCCAGUGGAUUAUGCGCGGCCUAAAGAAGAGGUGCAUAUGGUGGAGUGGUUAAAGCUGAUGGUUCAACAGAAACAGUUUGAGGAAGUGGUGGAUAAAGAGCUUGAGAUCAAACCAUCAACUAGCGAACUUAAAAGAGCGCUUUUGACAGCUUUGAGGUGUGUUGAUCCUGAUGCAGACAAGAGGCCAAAAAUGAGUCAAGUAGCUCGAAUGCUUGAAUCAGAUGAAUACCCUGUGAUGCCUAGAGAGGAACGAAGACGAAGGAGAAAUCAGAACGCAGAAACGCAUAGAGAAAGCACAGACACGAAUAAAGAUAAUGAUAUAAUAACAGAUGCAAAGAUUUGAGCAAGGAACAGAAACAUGGACCCUUCUUUCUUUAUGACUUUUAGAUUCUUUGGAGAUUGUUUAGAUUCUUUACUGUGUCUAUAAGUUAAUUAUGUGAUAUAUAUAGAUACAGAGAAGAACACGAUUUGUUUCUUUUGUCUGGAGGAGGAGAGAGCUUUUGUAUAGCUUUGUUGCACUGUCUUUUUUAUUACCUUCAUACCGAGUCAGUUACAGACAUAUAUUUACAAAAUGAAUUUUAUUUGGAUCA